AGUUUCAGUCCCAACAAAACUCUCGAGCCGUAAAGUUGUUGCAAACGUGACAAGCGGAAACUUUAACUCCCAGUUGCGUUUCAGUUAAGCGCGUAUCAGAACAGCCAGAAACAAUAAAUUUUGAAUAUUGUUUGCCAAAAGGAUUCGAAUACGCGGCGCUACAAAACAAAAGACUUAGGCAACGAACGUGCCCCCACAAUGACACAUCGUACAAAGGAAGCUCACGGCUCCGGUUCGAGCAUGACGGCUCUAUGGCUGCUGCUCAGCGCGCUGCUAGUCACACAGAUAACCGCACAGGAGCCGGCGGCGGUGCCCGGGGAGUUUGCGCCCCAUGUAACAGCCACGUGCAAGGCGGGAACCAUGAACAUCAAGGUGAAAUUCAGUUCCGGCUACACAGGCGCCGUCCAUGCGCGGGAUCAUCGCACACAGCCCUGCAUGGCCAUGGGCGACGGCAGCGAUUCGGUUGCAUUCAGCCUCAACCUGUGGGCCAAGCAAGGAGCGCCAGACUAUUGCGGCAUAUUGGUCAGCAACGUGAGUGGAAGCAAUCGCACGGAGGAGCGGUCCAUUCAGCUGGCGGUGCGUGUGCAUAAGACUCUUGAACUGGCGGAUGAUAAAUUUUAUGUGAUUACCUGUGGCAAAUCGGGCUAUACUCGCGAUGACAAUGCCCAUGUUGUGCUCAAGUUUCUGGAGAACGAUCACCGCGUGCGCGAAACAGUAUAUGGACACGAGUAUAAAAUACGCGCUGAGUUCUCCAAGCCAAACGAUACCUAUGGUCUACGUGUGGGCAACUGCUUUGCCUUUGACAAGAAGAACAUCACCCUCAAGCUGACAGAUGAUCGCGGCUGCCCCUAUGAUGCCAAUAUUAUGAGCCGUUUUGUGCCCACCGCCGAUGGGCGAGCUGCCGAGGCUACGCUAGCCUCCAUGUUCAAGUUUCCCGAGGGAUCCGAGGUUCAUCUGCAGUGUGACGUCGUACAGUGCUAUGGACGCUGCGUCGAAAUUGACGAUUGCAGCGAGGUGGCCCUGGCUGGUUUCACAAAGGGCAAUGGUAAUGGACCACGCAAGUUUGGACCCAAUGAGGAAGGUUCCAGCAUUGCGGGAACAACUGUUUUCGUUUUGGAUCCCGCCGAAGCGCGACUAAUUUCGCCGAAUUGCGAGGAUGGCAUACGACCCAGCUGGCUCCUGUGGCUGGCCAUAACCUUGGGCGUACUGUUCCUCAUCAUGUUGCUAAUGAACAUUUUCCUUUGCACUGCCAUGAGUUGCAGUUGUGCCAACACAGAGAUCAUUGAGAAGGAGCCCUCCAUCAUCGAGGAAUACGAUCCUUACCGCAGCUGGCAUGGCAGCCAAUAUGGCUCCCGUUACUCGCUACAUGGGCGUGAUGCGCACAAGGGUUAUACCAGCGGUGGCUCGACGAUACACUCAAAUAGGUCUAUACCAAUUGAUAACGAUUAUGCAAUUGUACAUUCACGACCCGGCUCUAGACAUUCCUCCACGUUGCAUGGACAGCGUGCGCAUCGCGGACCGCCCAGUAACAUAUAAAAAUGUAAAACAUAAGUCAAAGUGUGACAGUUUUAAAGUUUAACAUAGUUUAGUUACGUUUUCCCCAUUUCAAGUAAGUCUCAAAUGUAUAUAACUAAAAGCAGUCUAUUAAAACUUUUCCAAAUUCUUCGCUGGAAAUAGGCCUAAAACAAAUGAUGUCUCUGUAAAAUACUAAAUGAAAACAAAUACUAUAUAUUUCAUUAAAAUUUGCCUAAUAUUUAAAUAACAACUAAACAUAAGUCAUUAGUCUAUCAUAAGUUCGAGCGAAUCUGUACGAGUAUUAGUGAAAAGUUAUAAAUAAAUGUAAAAAGCCACACGCAAAAUCACUAACUCGAAAUGCAAAAAUAUGCAAGUAGCUUAAAAAGUUAAACAAACCCUUAAAGUGCGUUAAACGUAAAACUUACGAAUUGUAAUUAAUUUAGAAUAAAACAUAUAUUAAAUUUAAAAACCAGAAAAUUGAUUGAUCGAGAUAAUAAAGUAACAAGAUAAACAAAUAAA